AUGGAAGAAACAAACUCAGUUGCUACGCUGAUGGAUUCUACGUCUUCGAAGAUACAACAGCUGCAGAAGGCGUUUGCUGAACUCGAAAGUUAUCGAGCGGUUACUCUUAACAUGAAAUGGAAAGAACUGGAGGAACAUUUUCACGGGCUGGAGAAAUCCUUGAAGAGGCGCUUUCACGAAUUAGAAGAUCAAGAAAAAGUGUUUGAGAACAAAACGCUGAAAGCUCGUGAAAUGUUGAAGAAGCAGGAAGCGGCUAUUUUUGCCAAGGAGCAAGCCACAUUGCAGAGGCUUCAAGAGAAAAGAGAUGCUGCUACAUUUGCGAUUGUAAAUGCUCGAGAAAAGCAUAGGAAGGUUACCCAAAAAGAUUUGGGCAUUGUCUCCAAUGGGGAUCAAUGUGCAAUAGGUGCGGAGGAGAAACCGAUGGAUGCGGAUGCUACUUCUAAUGUGACGGAAGGUCACGUAGAAGAUGUGAAAGUUUCUCGUGAAGAUAGAAAUGUGGAAUUGAUCUCUUAUCCAGAAUUGGUAAAACUUUGUAAAGAGAUGGAUGUUUCUGGACUUCACAAAUUCAUAUCUGAUAACCGUAAGAACCUUGCUGCUAUAAGAGAGGAAAUACCACUUGCGUUAAGAGCUUCUCCUAAUGCUGCCUGUUUGGUGUUAGAUUCUUUGGAAGGAUUUUACUGCACGGAAGUGUCAAGUCAGGAUAUUAAGAAAGAUGCGAACUUAUUAGGUCUUCGCCGGACCUGUAUUAUGCUGAUGGAGUGUCUGAGUGAUUUCCUAACCGAUUUGGGUUCUGUUUCUAAUGUGAUUUCCAAAGAUAUCAAGGAUAGGGCAAAGGCAGUUGCUGAGGAGUGGAAACCAAGAUUGGAUGCGCUUGACAUCGAUGCUAGCAAUGGGAAUUCCUUGGAGGCUCAUGCGUUUUUGCAACUCGUAGCUAGUUUUGAUAUUGCAUCUGGUUUUGAUGAGGAAGAGUUAUCCAGGCUAAUUCCAAUGGUGUCUCGGCGUCGCCAAACUGCUGAUUUAUGCCGUUGCCUUGGAUUAUCAGAGAAGAUGCCUGGUGUAAUUGAGGUUUUGGUGAACAGUGGGAGGCAAAUUGACGCGGUUAACUUGGCUUUUGCAUUCGAUCUGACAAAGCAGUUUUCUCCUGUUUCAUUUCUGAAAUCUUAUUUGAAGGAUGCUAGAAAUUCUUGCUCUCCUGUCAAAAGGGGUAACUCAUCCCCCACCGCACAGAUUGAAGUUAGUGAACGAGAGCUGAUUGCUCAUAAAGCUGUAAUCAAGUGCAUUGAAGAACAUAAACUCGAAGAGCAGUAUCCUCUGGAACCUCUUUUGAAACGAGUUGUCCAACUAGAGAAGGCGAAAGCUGACAAAAAAAGGGAAACUGAAGCGACAAAGCCUCAACCAAAGAGACCUCGUGCUAACGGUGUAGGAUAUGGUCCUCGUGUCACUAACAACAUCCCUUCUGACAAAACUUCCUAUGCUAGAGUUGCUGCUGACAGGUAUCCACAAUAUGUGUAUGACCGACCUUACAUGUACGCAGGACCAACCGAAAAUCAUUGUCCCCCUAUCCUCGGCAAUGCACAUUAUAACUUCUCUCAUAAUCAUGGAAACUACUUUGGAAAUGGCUAUCAGUACCAAGCUACAUAUCUUCACUAG